CCUCCUGCCGUGCCACCUACUUGCCUAGGCAAGCUCUCUAAAAGGAUCUAACGUUGAAGGGUUGCGUCAAUAUCCGCUCGAGUGCUCCUCCCAUCCUCAAUUCUAAUAUGAAUCAACCCGUUGCCGCCGCUGCCUUGGAACCGGGAGGAUUCCCAAGUAACGGCGGUGUAGGAGGGAACUAUUCGAGGCCUGUUUCCGGUAGUUACUUUGCGUACCACCAGCCACAAAGAACGCACGUCGAUGACGAAACUCUGUCCAACACUCUAGCCAAUUCUUACACUGCACCGCCUCAACCCUCUCAACCGUCUCAGAACAACGACAACCGCCAACCCAAGUUUACCGAAGAGUGGGAUGCGAGCGCGAGAGGAAGCUCGGUCGCAGACGGUCCAACAUCUCAGCAGAAUCAUUAUCCGCAGUCUACAAUGCAGCGCGCCAAUUCCGUCUCCUCGCGACAAGACGUCAUCACCGGCGACAAUGCGAGCGUUCAUGGUAUGUCCUUAUCAAGAGGGAAUACUUUAAAGAAAAAGAACUCGUUACGUAGGAGUGGAAGUCUCAAGCGUAGUAGCAGUCGCAGGAGCAUGAAGGCCGGUAGUGUUAGGAGCCUCGCCCUUCAGAGCUCUCAUGACUCGGACGAAAUUCACAGUGCAUUCUACUGUCCCGUACCGACCUCGGGUAGUCCUACGGAAUUAUUAUCCAAUAGAUUUCAAGCAUGGAGAAAAACCCUCAAAGAUCUCAUUGCGUAUUUUCGUGAAAUACAAUCUCACUAUGAGCAUCGAUCUAAAUCUCUCCUCAAACUUGCCAAUGUCCUCAACAACACGUCCACGCCACCCGGCUUCCUUGCAUCCGGCGGGAUAGAUGAUGCGCUCCAAAUCCUAAGGAAUUAUCACAAGAACGCAAUCGCAGAGGCCAAUAAAGCUCGAGAAAUCGAGGAAGAUGUUAUCUUGGCAUUGACUGGUCUAAGAAGCGAUCUUAACCAGAAGAUAAAAGAGAUCCGAAGCUUAUCCAGCGAUUUUAAGAAUUCGGUGGAAAAGGAGAUGGAUGGAACUCGGAAAGCCGUCAACGCGCUUCAAGAAAUCCUAGGGCAAAAUGAGUUGGACUCGUCUAUGACGACAGGGAAACAAGAUCCCUACCUUUUGCGAUUGGCAGUGGAUCGUCAGCUUGAGAGACAACUCGACGAAGAGAAUUAUUUGCACAAGGCGUAUUUGAACCUCGAAUCGUCUGGUAGAGAGUUGGAGUCGAUCGUCGUGGGUGAGAUUCAAAAGUCUUACAACGCAUAUGUCGGUAUUAUCAAACGGGAAUCGGACGCAGCUUACAACGCCAUCGACGAACUCCGCGCCGGGCCUAUUGCGAUGCCCAAGGACUACGAGUGGAUUAGUUUCAUCCAAAGGGACUCGCAGUUUGUGGAUCCUGACGUUGCGAUGAGAUCCGCCGAGCACAUUCACUAUCCGGGACGAGAUCACUUUGCGUGCCAAGAAAUUCGUGCAGGUCUACUUGAGCGAAAGAGCAAGUAUCUGAAGAGCUACACAGCUGGAUGGUACGUAUUGUCACCAACUCACUUGCAUGAAUUCAAAUCUGCGGAUAAGACCCAGGCGCCGGUUAUGUCAUUGUAUCUACCAGAACAGAAACUCGGCUCCCACUCCACCGAAGGAGGCUCGUCCAACAAGUUUAUCCUAAAAGGCCGACAGACAGGAUCCAUGCACCGCGGUCACACGUGGGUCUUCCGUGCCGAAAGUCACGACACUAUGAUGGCUUGGUACGAGGACAUUAGAACACUCACCGAGAAGUCUCCCGAAGAACUUAGCAACUUUGUCCGAGGUCAUGCUCGCACGUAUUCUAGAACUUCACAGCGAACCACGAGCUCGGAUGGCAUGGUAGACGAGGAUGACGAAGAGCCUUUUGCGGUCGACCCCGCCGUCGCUAGCCCGGGCUCUCGCCAAGAGUCUCUCCAGAAUCGACCCGAGCCAGGGGGUAGGUUCCCUUCCGACCUUCAGAUUAACGCGCAGAGAGGCUUGCAAGUACCGCGCUCCCCCAGUAGUGCCGGCUCGGGGUACCUCGCCAACGAAUACACGAUGACGGGUGCGAAUGCGAACAACAUCGUAGACCGUGACGCGAUCGCCGUCGCCAAUGCCAGCGCGCUACCAGGCAGUGGUGUCGGCGAGAACUACCCCGGAAACAGGGCGUCGCAGCAGCUUCAGGUUGGACAGUCUUACGGGAACACACCGAGCGUGAGAAUGGACCAGGCACACAGUCACGCAGCAGUUAUUGACCAUCAGGCACGAGCAGAUGGCGUAAACCCGUACAGCGGAGAACCUAUCCUCCAACAGCCGCAACCCCAACGCGGCCCCUCAAUCGUAGCGGCGCCGAGACCGAAUUCCACGGACACGGCGCAGACUUUGGAAACGAAUACUAGUCUCGACUCGGCCGGCGCGUACGAGACUGUGGCGGGCGAUUCCCAACAGCAACAGCAGAAGCGAGACUCAUUGCUGGUUAUUGGAGCUGGGAAUAGCUUCAUGAAAGUAUUGCCUGGAACCGCGGUCGAGGGCGCGCCGUUCGCGACGGUAGCUAAUGGCCAGUAUGUUGUCCAGGGACAGAGACCGUAUGGCGAUCGCACGAAUAGCAAUCCGCAUGUUCCGGGGGAGUACCCUAGGAGCACGCCGGGGGCUUGCUAGAUUACUUUCGUGGCUUUCGUGGCUUGGAUGGGUGGGGGUGUUUGGUUUGAGGUAAACUAGAAUGGUUGGUUGGCUUGGUCGUUCUCCGUAUACUUACUUUUCUGACGAAGGUGGUUGCUGUUGUAGCGUGUUGAGUAAAAGUAAAAGAAGCGGUUUUUUUCUUCUAUUUAUACUUACCUACUUACGUCUUGGGGAGAUGGAUUGUCGGAUCCGGUGGGCGAGAGGUGCU